AUGGGAAACCACGUCUCAGCGAUUGACUCCUGUCGAGUUACAAAGAAAGCAAAGAAACGCAAUCUUCGAGGAAUGUUCAAUUGUCCAAACGGACGAAACAUCCGCGAGGAACCCCAUGUGCCUGGAGCCAACCAAUGGGUGACUGUCUUCUUCAACUGGGCUGAUCACAAAUACAACGACGAAGAAUUAAUGGAUCUUGUGUUGGCUCGCAUCAACGCCCGAGACGGUAUCAUUUCAUCCGAACCCGUCCAUCACGAUGUCAAAUGGUGUCUAUCACUACGUGUCCCAGGAUACUGGAAACCUACCGACUUGUCGAUUGCUGGUGCGGCCAAGAUCAUUGCACAAUGGCAUCAAAGUGAAAUGCGCCAUGCCGGUAUGAAGAUCAACCGAAGAUAUCUGUUCCGUGGCAACAAUCAAAAAAAGCGUCACUUUGUUCGUUAG